CCAUAGCCAGAAGCGGUAUUUCACAAACACUACCACAGUAGUAGUUUCUUGGCCGGAGAAUAAUUAAAAAUGUCAGGUUCCGAUUAUGCUCUAUUGGAAUCUAUCCGCCGGUAUCUCCUCGCAGAUGACUCUGGAACUUCCAUCAACUCUUCGGAGUCGGUUUCCUCCUGUGAACGGCCACCAUUUUACCAGAGUUCAGUAAGUUUCACUCAGCUCCUCCUGAGCAAUAACAUGCUCGCCGCUGCUCUACCUAUAGAGUGUAGCGGCAACGUUAAGACGGAGCCGAAGUAUGAGGCGAGUCGUGAUGAGGAGUCAGAGGUUACGGUGCGUGAUACAAACGCGCCGCAGAAGGAGGUGAGUUAUAGGGGAGUUAGGAGGCGGCCUUGGGGAAAAGCACACUAUGUUGAUAUGGUGUUUGGUAAGGGUGGAAAUUAAGCACCCAGAUUAUCUAUUUAUGUGUAUUUUUUUAAUAUUUGGACAAUAGAAAAAGAAAACCUUCUUUAAUUU